ACAGUGAUUACUGAUUAAUAUGUUUUUUACUAAAAGGUUUUUUAGUUGUAACUUAAGAAAAUGUGAAAUGCCGAAAUCACAUCAUACCUAUUUACAUGUUAUUGUAAUUUGCAAUUAUUGCAGUAUUUCAAAUUCAUUUUUGUCCCUCCGACUUUGGAAUUAAAUUUUUACUACUUAUAAGUGAAAUUAUUAAAUUUACUGAAUACUAUAUUUUUUUUCUAAAUGUGAACAUUUAAUUGCGGUAUGAAGUAUGUACUUUCAACAUAAACAUUUAUAGUUAGCAUAAUAUUAUAGUUGAAUUUAUGCAUACAAAAAACCAGUGGGCUAAAAUUGUAUUAAUUCAAUUUUCAAAAUGAACAGUCUACGAAAGAUAAUGCCACAAUGCUCUAAACAAGCAUUUCCAGGGAAAAGGUUCUAUUCAAAUUCAAAAGAUUUAUCGAAAGAGGAGAACAAGAUUUUGUACGAAAAACUUUUAAAUAAAAACUAUAAUAAUGAAAAAUAUACGGAAGCGAGCUCUUUUGCCAAAUGGUUAACACCUCAUUAUAAAUUUGGACCUCCGCGUAUCAUGAAUUAUGAUUGGUCUAUAAAAAGCAUUCAUUCUUGGUACAAGCGCAAAAGAAUUGAAUUUCACAAGUACAAUCAACGUUAUGUUACUGAACGAGUAAAAUCACUUGGAAGCGAUAUAGCUGUAGCACAUUUUAUUGUUUAUCGAGGCGGUGCUAUCAGAUUUCGAGGGCAAGAGGACUUUAUCAGAUGGAAUAAUAAAAAAGAAGAGUACUAUAUCAAUUUACCACUAACUUACGACCCAAAUUAUUUUGUUGAAGCUAUUGAUGCACCAGACAUAAUGUUUUAUUAUGAAGGAUUAGAAAACUUUAAAAAUCUAUUUAAAUUGAAAUGGCUAUGUUUAAGAAAUAAUUCAGUUCUGGACAAUUGGUGUCUGGAUUACAUAGGACAUGCAAUACCUAGUUUGGAAUAUUUGGAUAUUUCCAACUGUCCUAAAGUAACAGCAAGUGGUAUAGCUGGUCUUCAAAAGCUAACUCAACUCAAAACAUUAGUGAUAAAUAGCAAUAAUAUAGAAAUCCAAAUGGCAUGCUUUGCAUUGGAAGAUAUAAUUCCUGGGUUAUUUGUCUUAAUUCAGGAGAGCAAAGAUGUUAAAUUACAAACAAAAACAGAAAAUCUAAAUGUUAAUGAAGUACAGUAAAAAUAAUUGCAUUGUUUAAAAUAGUAAACUAGUUAUUUUUAUUGUUAAUAAUAACGCUCUAGCUUUAGCUUGAUUUAAUAAAAUAUACAUAAUAUUAUAUAUUA